GUGAGUAAUAUAUAUACAUAUAUCUGUGUUCACUUAUUAGGUUCCCAUCCCUGAAGCUGAAAUGAUGAACCCUAACCCUAAUAAUAAAGGGAGUGAAGAAGGAGGAGUAAUCCAGAAGAAAAAGAGAAACCAUCCAGGAACACCAGACCCGGAAGCGGAGGUAAUAGCGCUGUCGCCCAAGACGCUAAUGGCCACAAACAGGUUCAUAUGCGAGAUAUGCAACAAAGGGUUCCAGAGGGACCAGAACCUUCAGCUGCACAGGAGGGGACACAACCUGCCAUGGAAGCUGAGGCAGAGAUCCAACAAGGAGCCCGUGAGGAAGAAGGUGUACAUCUGCCCGGAGAAGAGCUGCGUCCACCACGACGCCUCCAGGGCCCUGGGUGACCUCACCGGCAUCAAGAAGCACUUCAGCAGGAAGCACGGCGAGAAGAAGUGGAAGUGCCACAAGUGCUCCAAGAAGUACGCCGUCCAAUCCGAUUGGAAGGCUCACAGCAAGACCUGCGGCACUCGCGAGUACAAAUGUGAUUGCGGCACCCUCUUCUCCAGGAAGGAUAGCUUCAUCACCCACAGAGCUUUCUGCGAUGCUUUGGCUCUCGAGACCUCCUCCCUUCUCCUUCCCCCCUCCACUACAAAUCUCAAUUUCCACACCCAACAACCACCUCCUCUUCAUUUCAAUCACUCCCCUAACUUAUCCCUAUGGCUCAACCAUCAUCAACAACACGCCACUUCCUCUCAUGAUAAUAAUAGUAAUCUUGUCGGACUCUAUCAUCACAAUGCGUCUUCUUCCUUCGCUUUACCUGACAUUGUGCAAAUGAAUAACUUCACCCACAAUAGUCAUAGUGCAAACCACCUUUCACUCUCUUCCUCCUCACUACCUGCUAUUGGAAAAAGACCAGAAAUAGGACCUUCAUCAUCAUCAGAUAACUUGGCUUCUAUUUAUACUUCUGACGGUCAAAGCACCACCACCGAUAACAAUAACAACCAAUUAUCUCCCAUGUCAGCAACCGCACUUCUUCAGAAAGCAGCUCAGAUGGGUUCCACAAGAUCAACCACCACUCCUUCCAUUUUCAGUGCUACUUUUGGGGUAAUGACCUCCUCAUCAUCUAAUAAUUCAAACCAUAAUGCUCAUGCUGGGGAUUUUGCUUCAACUAGUAGCUUCAGCUCAUUCACGCAUUCUUCCAACACUUAUGAUCACCUAGUUAUGCAAACUGCAGCUCAAAAUAGUACCACGGAUCCUGCGGGGAACUUGAAGCUCCCUCAUCAUGCCGGUUCAAACUCAGCGUCGAUGGAACAUAACUUGACGAGAGAUUUUCUCGGGGUCAGCGGUGCUGGUGAAGGACCCGCUGGCCUUCAUCAGUUCCUACCACAAGAGCUUGCAAAGUUUGCUUCUUCCAUGGGGCUCACCCAAUUCACUACCAAUUAGUGAAUUGUUUUUUAUUUUGCGGCAACUAUCAUCAAUUUCAUGUUAUAUCAUGGUUAGAAAUGUUUCUUCUGAUCUUCAACAUGUGUAGAAUAUGUGGACAUAAGAGUAAGGUGAAUAUAAGUAAGAUACAAAGUUUUAGACCUACAGUUCUAUAUCUUUAUUUUAAAAUGGUCACCAAAUAGGACUUACGAGCUUUGUAACAUUUU